AUGCCGCCUCGCAACGGGGUCGCGGGGCACGCGGGCGUGGCGGCCGCACCGACGCGCAGUGGGACGCGGGCGUCGUCGGCUGGAGCCGUCGCCGUCGGCGGGGCGGCCGCGAGGCUGCGGAAGCCCGCGCGGAAGAAGACGCAGCGGCGGCCGUCCACCUCGCCCGCCCCGGCGCCGCGGCCGGGCGCACAGCCGCCGGGGGAGCGCUACUCGCCGCCCAGGCUGCUCCACGCCCAGGACCUGCGCGGAGAGGCGAACGCGCAGGCGCGGCUGCAGACGACCCUCUCACCACGCAUGCGCAUGUCGGUUUACCCCGCGGGCCGCCGCGCGGCCUCAGGCGGCGCCCUGCAUGAGGACAACAUCUAUGGCAACAAAAGUAGUAGCCCCCCCCUGUCCACUAGUCGAACGCAAAGCGCUGGCUUCCUGCCGUCGUCCGAGCCCAGUACCCCCAGCAACUAUGAGGACCCUUCCCGGGAGCUUAGUGAGGCUGGUGCCGCGCAGCGUCCAGUAGGGCCCUUGGUAACCGAAGAAUGGGCCCGCAGUAUAGUGCAGCCGCAGGACGAGUAUCUCUUGUACGAGCGCCAAACCGCAGGGAUCAGAAAACGCGAGGAGCGGGUGCGCCUGAUGCAGGGGGUGUGGCUGCGUGAGCGGGCACGAGCAGCCGCUGGCCCCAACGAGGGCCUCGCGGCUGCCUUGAGGCCAGCUGAAGCGGCUGUGCCGGUGACCUCCAACGCCCGCCAGCGCAGUUUGAGUCAGCAGCAGCCACGCAACUCACCAUCCCUGGAAAGCUUAAUAUUAGACAGCGAAGAACUCGAGCGCGAGCGCACGGUGUGGAUGAAUGAGCGUCAGAUACGUGCCCGAGGUACGCCCCUGUUGUUUACGCGGCCGCGGCAGCAAACUUUUGGGUCCGAUAGAAACCCUUACGGCGGCUGGCAAAAAAGCCGCGGCGCGGUCGCGUCAAGCGACCCUACUGCGCCGACGGCAUAUGGCGUGGGCGGCGAUGCCACUGCCUUGCCCCCGCAGCGGCGAAAUUUGGGCGACAAUAUUAUGGUGGCGUCCAUCCUGCAACCCGGUUUCACUAACUCGGAGCGUUCCAUGUUUACUGCGGCUGGUGCGCCUUCUGCGUCCGCCCCUAGCACUCACAAGCAGCCGGCGUUUCCCGCGGCUGCGCCCGUGUCACUGCCGCAACGAUCUGCUGGUGAGACGAGCGGUGCCGAAAGGACGCCGAGUCAAGCAGCCGCCAGCGGCGGCCUUCCACCGGUGUCGUCUUCAACUCUCCUGUUUUUUGACACGGCGGCGCCGGACGUGGCGCGGCUCUUUGAUAACCCGCUCUUUCUUCUUCGCGGAGAUGAGAACCACGAGCGACUGCUGCUUGCGCAGGCGGAGCAUGAGGCACGCGGUCUCUUGCUCAAGCUGCACACCACCUCAGUUCAGAGCGGCCACUCCCUGCUCUCGCCAGGGCCGUCGCGGGGGGAGGAGCCCAAGGCGCGGUACACGCAGGAGGUGUACCUGGGGGUCGGCCCCCCGCGACGACGCGUGGCGCCCACGCCGGUUGCAAGGCCUGCGGGCGGGGCCGCGGGCGCGGGGCACGUAGCUGCGGACAACCACACCGCUUUCAGUGCGGCCGCAGGCGUUGGCGCCGCCCCUCGCCCCUCUGCAUUUAUCGCCGCUGCGUGGAGGCAGGAGAAGCUGCGCAGCGAUGCCCAGGCCCGCUACGUUCUCCUAGACACCCCGUCGCAGCAAAACCCGGCGCCCGCCGCGGGGGCGUCGGAGAUGCCGCUCUGCCCCCGCGACAAUUCGGAGGAGGGGCCUGUCGAGCACCACAGCCGCGUUGAAGUCCCAGCUAAGAGUAAGGCACGACACCGUGAAGCGGUGGCAUCGCUGUCUACUCGCAAGAAGCAACAGGAAAAGACCGCGGCGCAUAAACACAAGCGCAAAGCAUCCACAUCCCCAUCACCGACACCGCACCGCGGAGGGGAGAGACUGCGCCGUGAGAAGGCGGCUGCAAACUCCCCCUCGCCAUCGCCAGAGCCACUACCGACACCGACACCGACACCGCCGCCGCCGCCGCUGCCGCAACCGCGUCAGGAGGAGGUCGUGGCAGUGGCUGCAGAAAAGCAGCAACACCUGCCUGAGCCGAGGGAGCAACUGCAGCCACAGCCGCAGGGUACGACGCCUCACUUGAAUGGGUCUCCUGUUGCUUCACCCGUGAAACGAUGUCGUCCUCCGGGUGCUGCGUCGCCCCCGGCGAAGGCCAACGGGGCCGAGGGCGGACGCCCGAGAGAAGCCGUGUGUGCCUGGGAUAUUGCCUACCCCAGCACCGAGUCCAUGUCUCGGUCCCCGUCCGCCUCCUCCUCGCCGGUGCAUCACUUGGAGGAGGCGAUAGUGAAGCCCUCGACGGAGCUGGAGACUUCAGGCGCAAGUAGAAGAAUUGGAAUGAAUACGGCGGCUUUAGGCGGCCGUGGUGGUGCGUCCCCUACCAAGCACCAGAAACGCAUGCAGCAGGAGGCGGUGUCCAUUGUGGCGGCCGCGGAAUUUUCCUACCGGGAGGGUGAGCCGGAUGCAGAGCUCAAGGAAUACGUGCAGUUUGCACUGCGGCAAGAGGGGACGCAGGUGAACGCCGGAAAAGGAGCGGAGGAGGACAUCAUGGGGCUUCCGGGUGUGGCGUGGCUUAAGCGGCACCAGCGUCGCUUGACGAAGGCCGAGGCAAACACGCCCUCCGUCCCCAACGGGGCGGCGCCUGCGACACCGGGCGCGGAGAAAGAAAUCGUCAGCGUAAACGUCGACGACAUGCUGGACAACUCCGACGACAUGCUGGACAACUCCGACGACGGCGCGAGUCAGUGGCUGGAGGAGCUUGGCCACUACACCCGGAACGUGAAUGCCGUGCUUGCGGCCUUUGGAAGUCUGUGGCAGGUCCCAUUUCAAGACGCCGAGAAGCGAGAGACGCUCCCGCUCGUUGCACGGGCGCAGUUGCUUUUUUUUGACUCUCGCCCUCCUGCCGCAAAGAUGGCGGCGGCCGCCGUUGCGGAGAAGGCAAACGAAAAGAACACUUGUAGCACCAACCACAACGGCGAGGCGUCCUCCAUUGACGUAAAGUAA